AUGUAGCAUGCAUAUUAAAGCAAGGAAACUAUCAUGUUUCUGAUUAGGAUGCAUCAAAACAUGUUCAUGCCACAUAUAAAUAUCAGUAUACCUGAGCCAGGAAAACAAACGUUCACAAGCCUUCAACUAAGACUGUAAGAAUCUACCCUGAGCGAAAUGGCUAGAGCAUUAGUGCUGUUGUCGGUGGUGCUGGUUAGUUUGUUGGUGAACCAGGGGACGGCCUCAGAGAACCAGCGGCUCUUCAACAACGCAGUCAUACGUGUUCAACACCUGCACCAGCUGGCUGCAAAAAUGAUUAACGACUUUGAGGACAACCUGUUGCCUGAGGAACGCAGACAGCUGAGUAAAAUCUUUCCUCUGUCUUUCUGCAACUCUGACUCAAUUGAGGCGCCCACUGGAAAAGAUGAAACGCAGAAGAGCUCUAUGUUGAAGCUCCUUCGCAUCUCUUUCCGCCUCAUUGAGUCCUGGGAGUUCCCCAGCCAGACCCUGAGCGGAGCCGUCUCAAACAGUCUGACCGUCGGGAACCCCAACCAGAUCACUGAGAAGCUGGCCGACUUGAAAGUGGGCAUCAGCGUGCUCAUCAAGGGAUGUCUGGAUGGUCAACCAAACAUGGAUGAUAACGACUCCCUGCCACUGCCUUUUGAGGAUUUCUACUUGACCAUGGGGGAGAGCAGCCUCAGAGAGAGCUUUCGUCUUCUGGCUUGCUUCAAGAAGGACAUGCACAAGGUGGAAACUUACCUGAGGGUUGCGAAUUGCAGGAGAUCCCUGGAUUCAAACUGCACCCUGUAGAUGGCGCCAAUGUAUUGCUAGCCAAAGCCUGUGACACACUUUGCUGCAAAUCUAAAACCAAUUUAAGUCCUCAAAAUCUCCUAAUAUAAUUAUUAUCUGGUCUUAUAUAUGCAGGAAAUGUCAACCAGGCAUGGCUAGGUCUGUUCUCUAGUUCCCUCCCAUAUCUAAACCCAACACUAUUGUAUUUAUUCUUCUCAUUGGGGAGUGCUCGUAAAUUAAAGAUAUUAAGAUCUGAUUUAACAUUUCACAGUGGUGCUAAGCAAUAUAUGGCAAUAUAUUUUCAAAUGUGCCCAAAUCGCUUUGACUCUAGUAUUUUAUGGCUCCAAAAAUGGCUAAAGAUGCCUUUUGUCGAAACUGUCAUUUGGAUGGAUGGGUUCACUCUCAACCAAGUGUAUGAAUGUAAACAUUUGUCUGUCUGAUAGAUUAUGUCCAUAUUAUUAGCUCAUGCUGUUCUCUUGAAGCUGUGUGUCUUUAUCCAUUAAAUUUCUAAACUGCA